AUGCAAAAUCAACUGCCUUAUAAUUCCUCGUUGCUUCGAAUUACACUCCCUUCCCUUAUUUCUUUUACCGACCACCAUCGAGAAUUAGUUGAAUUAGCGGUAAAGAAUUCUUCUAAACGCUUAGUUAUAUAUGUCUCUUGCAAAGAUAUAGGUUUUUAUGAAAAAACGCCACUGAAAUGCUGGAAUGAAGUUCACAAUUUGUUGAGCGCUUUUUACGUUUCUGGGACAAGAAUGUCUUACGAACUCUCAAGACCAUUUCUUGAGAUUGAUGUGAUCUUCGAAGAUUGGUGCGGAUAUUCUGCAGAAUUAGAAAAAGAAUGGAAUCUCGAAGUGCUUUUCGGAAACGAUUUGGAACGCACUGUUUUAGAAAAGUUCAACGAAAACAGAAAAGCAGCAGGAUUAGUAGAACUUCCUAUCCAUAUAAUGGACACCAUCACCUCUCCUCCAUCUCAGAUUGGUUUAAAUUUUCAAAAUUCUAUCGAUAAGAAACUGGACGAUGAUAAACCUCAGAUAUUUCAGAAAGUUGCUGUCGGUGGAACUUUCGAUCAUUUACACGUGGGACACAAGAUCUUAUUAACAAUGUCGGCGUGGACCAGCACCAAUAAAUUAAUUUGUGGCGUUACAGGAGACGUAAUGCUCAUAAAUAAAAAGUAUAAAGAAUAUAUGGAAUCAAUCGAUACACGAAUCGAAAAAACUGCGAAAUUUCUAAAUAAUAUUCGCAGAGGAUUACUAUAUGAAGUUGGGCCAAUCUAUGAUCCUUAUGGCCCAACUAUUACCGACCCGGAUGUUGAAGCUUUGAUCGUAUCAAAGGAGACAGUCUCCGGAGCUGAUUCCAUAAAUGAAGAACGAAGAAAAAGAGGCCUCAAUCCUUUGGAAAUUCUAGUUAUUGAGGUGAUAUCUUCUUCAGCUCCAUCUUUAAAAGAUGAAGAUUUUAAAAAUCUUAAGAUUAGUUCAACAUUUAUACGCGAAAUGUUGAGUAAAAACAGUGGAUGA